CCUGCCACCCUCGGGUCCGCCCAGCUCUAGUUGUGCGCAGUCUCCUGGAGUUGUUUGCCGUCUCUAUGGCAACCCGGUAGUUGGAGUCUGAAAAUGGAGACAACCGAGUCUUCUGAGGGAUCGUUGUCGCGAUCUUGUGACGCACAGCCCAGCUCUGAAGGACUGGAGACCAUUUCAGAACCCAUUCCUUCUUCCGAUAGUAGCCCUACUGGCCGGCCUGUAGUAUGUGCAGGGGUUCCUGUGCAGUAUUCUGUGCUUACAGAGCCCUCCUCUGACAGUCUUUACGAGGCACCCUGCCCUGCAUCCCAUCAGAGAGGCCACGGGUUUUGCUUUCAGCCUUUCUAUGUUUCUUGUAUUCCUCAGAAUCCCCGUAAUACUGCAGACCUCGACUCAAGCCCCGGUCCUGCCUCUUCUUAUCCUUGUCAUAGCUCUGUUCAUGGCUCUGGCUCUGGCUCUGGCUCUGAGCCUAGCCAGGGCUCCGGUCCCACCUCUGGGCCUGUUCCUGCCUCUGGACCUAGUCUUGUCUCUGGACCUGGUUCUGCCUCUGGACCUGGUUCUGCCUCUGGACCUCGUUCUGCCUCUGGGCCUGAUUCUUCUGCCUCUGGACCUGAACCUGUUGUCGCUGGACCCGGUCCUAAGUUCCUCACCCACAUUCCUCAAGGUUUCAGGUCCAUCCCAACAGAUCUGAUCCCUAAUUAUAAUGCAUUGUGUCAGCACUUACACUGGAAGCCACAACACACCUGGGAACCUCUACAAGUCUCAGAACCUGGAGUAAGAGGGCCACGUAAACCUCCAGAACCUGGGCCAUGUGAACCAUGUGAACCAUGUGAACCGUGUGAACCAUGUGAACCGUGUGAACCAUGUGAACGGUGUGAACCAUGUGAACGGUGUGAACCAUGUGAACCGUGUGAACCAUGUGAACCGUGUGAACCAUGUGAACCGUGUGAACCAUGUGAACCGUGUGAACCAUGUGAACCUGCAGAGGUUGAACCUCAGGAAAUUCUCUGUAAAACACGGCCACGUGGCCAGUGUCUCCUCUACAACUGGGAGGAAGAGAGAGCCACCAACCAGCUGGAUCAAAUCCCACCAUUGCAAGAUGGCUCUGAGAGUUACUUCUUCCGACACGGACACCAAGGUCUGCUGACCAUGCAGCCUCAGUCGCCCAUGUCUUCAAGCACCACCCAGAAAGACUCAUACCAGCUCCCAAGGCACGCCUGUCAACCACUUCGAGGGAAGCGUGAAGCCAUGCUGGAGAUGCUCCUGCACCACCAGAUCUGUAAAAAGGUGCAGGCAGAGCAGGAGCCUGCAAGGGAGCGCUUUGAGACCGAGUCGGUAACGCACCAUGACUACAAAGUGGAGCUGGUCCGAGCAGGGCCUCCUGCCCCAACAAAGCCUCAUGAUUACCGCCAGGAGCAGCCCGAAACCUUCUGGAUUCAGCAAGCAGGACGGCUACCGGGUGUCAGUAACAUCAGGACACUGGACACACCAUUCCGGAAGAACAGCAGCUUCUCAACACUGGUGCCCUUGUCGCUAGGGCAGCCUUUGCCUUACGAACCGGAGAACGGCCCCCACCAAAUGGGGAUAAUGUCUUCCCUUGCCUGUCAGGGAGGAGGACAGGGGUACAGAAGGAGGAGAACAACUCCACUCUAAGAAUCGAGGAGAGAAGCAGACAUGGGAUUUGAAAUCUGUUUCUGCUUAUACUGCAGAGGCAGUUUGGAUGGAGUCAAUUCUCUGUCCUUGGUGAGGGGUUUUACAUAAAGCACGCUCAUCCUGAA